AUGGACACCUCCGACGCACCUACGACACGGGUAGUUUACCACGAGAUCCCCGCCCCUGGCGAGCCCCCCUAUAGCAACAUUGUGGCCUUGUUUUUCCUGGUUGUCUUUUUUUUGGGCAGUUAUCUCCUCAACAGAGCGUUCCACUCGGCUCCAAAGUUGUGGAUCGUGUUUCUCGAUUGGGCCGAGACAACCAGACCAGGGAGCGAGACCCAAGAAGCCACGGGCAAAGCGCGCCAGACAGGCCCAGCCAACUGGAUGGACAUUGACAGUCUCUCCGACGCCGAGAUGAAGGAGGUGAUGGAGAAGAUGCAACUGAUCAAAAGCAACGCCAUCCGACUGAAACAGGAGGCCAAACAACGCAUGGCCGAGAUUCAACACGAGCUGCAGUAUGUGGCGGGUAUGCACUGA